AUGGCGGUUCAUCUAUUGGGGAUCCCAUUGCCCUACCAACCCAAGAUAUGCUUAAAAGCAACAGGAAGAAUUGCUCAGAUACUCGUAAGUGAGGCUUUUUUAGGUCGUGUUAUAAAUGCCCUAGCUAAACCUAUUGAUGGUCGAGGGGAAAUUUCAGCUUCUGAAUCUCGGUUAAUUGAAUCUCCCGCUCCUGGUAUUAUUUCUAGACGUUCCGUAUAUGAGCCUCUUCAAACAGGACUUAUUGCUAUUGAUUCGAUGAUCCCUAUAGGACGUGGUCAGCGAGAAUUAAUUAUUGGGGACAGACAGACCGGUAAAACAGCAGUAGCCACAGAUACGAUUCUCAAUCAACAAGGGCAAAAUGUAAUAUGUGUUUAUGUUGCUAUUGGUCAAAAAGCAUCUGCUGUGGCUUAGGUAGUAACUACUUUACAAGAAAGGGGAGCAAUGGAAUACACGAUUUUGGUAGCUGAAACGGCGGAUUCUCCGGCUACAUUACAAUACCUCGCUCCUUAUACAGGAGCCGCUCUGGCUGAAUAUUUUAUGUACCGCGAACAACACACUUUAAUCAUUUAUGAUGAUCUGUCCAAACAAGCACAGGCUUAUCGCCAAAUGUCUCUUCUAUUACGAAGACCACUGGGUCGUGAAGCUUAUCCAGGAGAUGUUUUUUAUUUGCAUUCACGACUUUUGGAAAGAGCCGCUAAAUCAAGUUCUCAUUUAGGUGAAGGAAGUAUGACUGCUUUACCAAUAGUUGAGACCCAAUCGGGAGAUGUUUCGGCUUAUAUUCCUACUAAUGUAAUUUCGAUUACAGAUGGACAAAUAUUCUUAUCUGCCGAUCUAUUCAAUGCUGGAAUCAGACUUGCUAUUAACGUGGGUAUUUCCGUCUCCAGAGUAGGAUCCGCAGCUCAAAUUAAAGCCAUGAAACAAGUAGCCGGCAAAUUAAAAUUGGAAUUGGCGCAAUUCGCAGAAUUAGAAGCCUUUGCACAAUUCGCUUCUGAUCUCGAUAAAGCUACUCAGAAUCAAUUGGCAAGAGGUCAACGAUUACGUGAGUUGCUCAAACAAUCUCAAGCAGCCCCUCUCACGGUGGAAGAACAGAUAAUGACUAUAUUUUCUGUACAGAACGUUCACUACAUUGUAACUUACCAUCAUUAG